UUCAGGUUGAUGGUUUGUGGUUAUAUGUCUGCAGAAGCAUAUUUUUCAGUAAAAAAUUUCUGGAUUCUGGUUGUGUAUAUAUUGCUAUCUCUCUGUCCGUCCCCAUUCUAAUAUAUCAAUGUCAUUUUAUGUUUUUUUGGGUGUGGAAUACAGGUAUGAACAGUCUGAAUUUAUAGAGAAGGAAUUAGAGCAGAUGACAGAACAGAUCAAAUCAAUUAUUCAGACCCCAAAUGCCAACCAGGGAGGAGAACUUGAGGCAGUUGAUGGGAUGACACCUUUAGAUGUAGUUGUCCGGAUUUUAAACAAUCAACCAAGUUCUUUAAUGUGGAUUGAUGAGAAGGCUGAAGAAUUUUCUUCACGUAUUCAGAAAGUUGCCAGCCAAGGUUCUGCUGCAGGUGUUUUUCAACAGCUGAGUUUGGGUACGGAGGACCUAUGAAGAAAAUCUGAAGCCGAAGGCAUUGUGAAGUGAUAAGGUCAUUCACAACUUGCUUGGGUGUUAUUGUGUGAUUGGGUUUUAGGACUUACAUAUGGGACCAUCACAUGAAUUUAAUUAAAGCAAACUUUAAGUUCACCAAUCACAAGGUGAUACUUAAUCACGUUGUAGAUUUCGGUAUCUCUAGACUUUCUCUUACUAUAAACAAUGAAGAAAAAUAAAGAUA